AUGGACCUCGAACACCAUCUUCAUUACAUGCGCAUGGCGACCAAGCUUGCCAAAUACGCUUUGGACCAUGACGAAACUCCCGUUGCUUGCAUAUUCGUAUAUACACCUACAAACCAAGUAGUGGCCUAUGGGAUGAAUGACACAAACCGAUCUCUCACGGGCAUUGCACACGCCGAGUUUAUGGGCAUAGAACAAAUACAGGCUAAAUUUGGUGCCCUUGACACCAGUGUAUUCCAGAACAUUAUACUCUACGUCACCGUAGAGCCUUGCAUAAUGUGUGCCUCAGCUCUAAAGCAGCUCGGGAUACAAAAGGUCGUUUUCGGGUGUGGAAACGAAAGAUUCGGAGGUAAUGGUUCAAUACUCAAAAUUCAUCAGGACUCGUCCACUGCGCCCAAAAAUAAGUAUUGGUCCUUACCUGGUCUUUUGAGAAGAGAAGCGAUUAUGCUCUUACGGUAUUUUUACGUGCGAGAAAAUGAACGAUCACCAAAACCACGAACCAAAGCGAAUAGGAAACUCGACCUGACAACUUUUCCUCCCAUGGAUUGGAGCUCAUACCUUUCUCGGGAAGACUUCACCAAUAUUUACGGUUCUGCAUUCCUCAAGUUCUACGACAACAGACUUGAUCUCAGUGAGAAACUGGAUUGGAGCCUCAUAGACAAUAACCAAGAUCUAUUUUUCCAGGAACUCCAAGCCAAAUGCGAGGAAUUCUCCCUGCAGACUAGCAAAAAAUCGAAACCGGAAACCGUGAGCUAA